GAUCGAAAUCGGAUUUUACGUGUAUAUAAACAGGUCGGAAUUCUUCUGAGAAUAUCACUGAGUUCUACGAAGUGGAUCUAAUAGCACUAUCACAAUGAAAUUCGUAGUAGCUUUGGUUGCAAUUUUGGCUACGGCCAACGCCUGGAAGGUACCUAACCUUGGCAGAGGCCAGCUUCAUAAGGAUUUACAAGAAUUCGUAGAUUUGAUCCCUACCAAUGAAUUGGUCAAGGUUUUAAUGCAAUAUGCUAAAGAAGAUGCUGAAGUGAAGAAAGGUUUGGCAUAUAUGCAGAGUGAUGAUUUCAAAACGUUGGUUCAGGAAAUCGAGGCCAUGCCUGAGUAUAUUAACUUGUUGAAUUACAUAUAUGAAGCUGGUGUCGACGUUUACUACCUUGUAAACCGUCUCCACGAUUACAUCCACAUUCCUAGAUUGACACCACCAAGCUUUUCCGAAUACGGAAUCACUGGUGGAUUCAAGGGUCUCGUCGAAGACGUCAAGAAAAUCAUUCCCAUAGACAAAAUCAAGGCUCUUUACCACCAAAAACUCCAAACCUCUCCAGCUUUCAAACAACUCGUCGAUCGUCUUUCUUCUUCUGAAUUCCAGACAAUUGUUAACAAGGUCUAUGGUAAUCCACGUUUCCAAUACCUUUUGAAUAAGGCCAAGCAAGCUGGUCUUGAUGUCAAUCGCGUCAAAGAACUCCUCCGCACCAUCCUUGGCAUUACCGUUCCCGCUUACUACUAUAGCUCUCCUGAUCAUUUACUGACAAUCAUGAAGUACCAUUUAGCAUUCCUCGCAUCAUUGAUCCUAGUUGGAGUGUUCGGUUAUCCUCUCGAUGAUAAUGAUUGGAGUAUGAAUGAUUUGGAUCACGAUAUAAUGGAUUUUUAUAAAACUUUACCUAUAAACAAAAUAUUACUAAUAACAGAGAAAUAUAGGAAAGAUCCUGAAGUGCAAGUUACGUUGAGAUAUAUCACGGGCGAUGAGUUUCACAGGUUACUUAGUAACGUAGAAGAUUUGCCAGAAUUUAAAAAAUUCGUUCUAUACAUUCAAGAAGCUGGUUAUAACAAGAUAAGAGAAAUGAAAGCUAUUCAUUUACUUGCGGGAAUGAAAGAUUACGUACCACCUAAACAACCUAAUCCAAUGGAGGAAGUUGGAUAUGGUGGAUUGAAUGGUUACAUAAACGACAUUGUCGCUUUACUUCCGAAAGAAAAAAUUCAAAAACUUCACCAACAGAAACUCGUAACAUCAGCGGCCUUCUCAAAAUUCAAUUCUUACAUUCGUUCGGAAAAAUAUGUUCAACUUAAGAAUGCUUUGACAAGCAAGAAUGAAUAUCUAGAAUUAAAAGAAAGAUCGAAUGCCGCUGGGCUCGAUAUCGAAGCAAUUGAAAAAUUCAAGUACCAACUUCUUGGAAUUCAGGAAUUGAUUACUAUAUAUUCGAGUUUAUCAUCCUACGAUAUAAACUACUUUGUGCUGCUCCGAACAAUUAUUCUACCAAUCAUGAAGUACAUUUUGACGUUCCUCGCGGCUUUAGUCGUCGUUGGAGUUUCUGCAAUUCCACUUAAUGGCAAUCGUACAAAUUUAUUGAAUGGCAAUAGAUCAAAUAUAUUUCGUGCAAAUAUUUUUGGUAUAUUUAAUGGAAAUGAGUCGGAACCAAAUCCUUUGGAUAAAGAUUUCUUCGAUUUCGUAGAACUAUUACCUUGGGACACAUUUAACAAAAUUGCAGAAGAAUACGAAAAUAAUACAGACAUUAUAGAAACGUAUCAUUUUGUAAAGAGUAAAGAGUUCCACAAAUUGGUAUAUGCUGUAGAAGCCUUGCCUGAACAUCACGAAUAUGUUUUCUAUCUUGAAGAAUCGGGAUAUGCCAAAAUUAGAGAACUUCAAGCAAUUCAUUCAAUUCUUGGAAUGGAAGAUUAUGUACCACCCGAACCAUCGCAGCAAGUAUUUAAGAGGGGCAACAAUUCGAAAGGUGGAUUGAGUAGUCUUAUCAAAAAAUUCAUCGCAAUCCUUCCUGUUAAGGAAAUCAAGGAACUUCACGAAAAGAAACUCAAGGAUUCGCCAGCCUUUGCCAAAUUCAUCUCUUAUCUUCGUGAUGAAAAAUUCUCUAAGAUAAUGAAGGCUCUCAUUGAAAACGAAAACGUAAAAAAAAUCAUAAAAGUAUCCAAAAAAAAUGGUCUUGAUUUCUUCGUGAUUACAGAUUUUCUACUUCGUAUUAUUGGCCUCAGACCAUAAAUUAUUCAAAGAUUCGCAAUAAAUCUUUUUCGGCACAUAUAUAUAAUAAUUAUGCAUUUCUUGUAAUGCAAGUAGAUGUAUAUUCUUAUAUUUCAAAAUUAAUAAAAAAAUAAACCAUGUAAAAGUUUUCAAUUAA